UUUUAUUAUAGCAUUAUAGGACUAUUUUUAUUAAUUAGGGAUCUAGCAUUACAAAACAUAUUUUGUUGGUGUCCCGAGUCGCCAUAGCCCACACAUUAGAUCCACUUCUGGUGUUUAUUAUUUAAUAUUUGAAUCUAUAAGAUUAUAUUCUAGUAUUCUAUUGUCUCGCACUCUCGACUCACCUAUUCAAGAGUAAGUUUUUAAAUUAUUUUAAACCUUCCUUGUUAGUGUAUAAAUAUAAAUACUAAAUUACGUAAUUAUUAAUAUUGUAGUUAUAACAUUGACACUUGGUGCCUUGGCAGUAUUUGGAAGAAAAUUCAAUCAUACAUAUAUUUACAUCUGUAAUUGGUAAUCACCUUCUAGUUAUACAUAUUGAAACGAAAAGUAAUAAAUAUGUUUGCAUCAAUGUUUAAAUUGAUUUUUAAUAAAUAUGAGGAAAAAACAAAGAUUGCAACUCAUGCUAUAGAAUUUGAAAUAGCUGAAAAUACUAGAAGAGAUGUCAAAAAACUACUCACUGAAAUUAAGGAAGUAAACAAAACUGCAAAUAUUAGUGAUGACUGCUCAGUGUCAAAAAAUAACAUUGUUGAUGCUAUUGAGAUACUGCAAGAUAUUCUAAAUCAUUCCUUGUCUUUUGCAAGUCAUUCUUAUGCUAUUCCAAAAUAUUCAAAUAAUGGUGCUUCAGUUAAACAGUUCGACUACUCAAAAAGUUUAAUUAACUCUAUUGGAAAGAACCAUCUAGUAUCUACUUUAAUCAAGGACUCCAAUACCAGAAAAAUUGUGAACCAAAUAAAUAAUCUUCAGUGUUUAUUUACGUGGAACAUAAAACCAAACAAUAAAAAAAAUGUAAUAUUAUGGAUAUGGAAUAAAUAUGGAGAAUACAACUUAAAUAUAACUUCACCUGAAUUCACAUUAGAAAGGUUUAUAGGAAAUUUAAUUAUUUCCUAUGAAUAUUUUCAUAAGGGUGAACCUGAAUUAGCCCAAAUGAAAAUAUUAGAAAUAGGAAAAUGGCUUGAAGAAUUAGAUAAAGGCACUGAUGAGUUUUAUUUAUCUAUUAAUACUGGUCUUCGACAUAUCACGAAAGCUACUUUCAUUCAUAUGUUAUUUGCUACAAAUCUUACAGAAGAAUGUAAAUGGGUAUUCGAAGAUAUUUUGUCAUUUGCAAAUAUGAAUUCCAAGUCAAGAGCGUCUGUACAUGCAAUACGUGCAGCUGUAUUAAUUGAAUAUAGUGAAAAUCAUGUCUAUUUGUCAAAAGCUUGUGACAUGGCUAAGAAAGCAUGUGAUUUAGAUCCUAAAACUUCUCAUUGGUUUUAUAUUCAUUCACUUGCAUUGACAGCUCAAAGACAAAUAUUGUUGUCACAUAAAUCGAUACCAGCUGGUGAUGAAAUAAAUGCAAUUCAUCAAGCUAUUGUAUUGUCUAAUGGAAAAAAUCCGCUUUUCAACUACCAUAGAUUGGCUAUGGAUGUGAUUUUUAUAAAUAAAACAAAACUACCUGAAGACCAAAAAAUUGCAGAUGUGAUCAAAACCAUUAUGAACAUAGGACCAGAGGACCCUCAUUUGGUAAUCAAGUGUGCUAAAACAUUGAUGACUCUUCCAACUAUGGUUAGAGAUUUUAAUUUGGGAAUACAAUAUUUGAAAAAAGCAUUUCAAAUGUCACAAAAUGAUGUGACUGUUUUAAAAGCUAUCGCAAAAGCAGUUGAAGCAUAUUAUAAUGCAGAAAUUUGUCAUAAAAUGAAUCCUGAGGCAACUGAAAUUAUACAACUAGAAACUGAAUUAAGACUCAUAGUGAAAAGACAAAGAAAUGGUGAAGAUCCUGCUCCUUACUUGAUUGAUUUGGUUUCUAAAUAUAAUGGAUUGAAUCAAUCAAAAAUUUUAUCUCAGUUAUGUUCGUAUACAUUAUUAUUUACAAGCCAAUUAAGAUAUGGCAUUGAGCAAUUUAAUAAGUUAAUUGAACAACCAGAAAUCGUCAAUAAUGAUAUAAUUGUUCAUCACGUUUCAUCAUUUGGUUCGAAGAAAUUUAAUUUAUCAGAACUGAUUUGUAAUGAAAUCAGAUUGGCUACAAAUGCUGGUGGUGCCUCUUCUGAUUUGUUUUAUUACUAUGAAAUACUAUCAAAAAUCAUGAAAACAUGUAAUUUAAAGAUUAAAGAUAUUGACCCAUUCAUGAAAGCCAAUCUAAUCAUUAAUUCAUCUGCUAAAUCAACACUUUCAAAUAAAACAGUUCAAAGUGUGACUAAAUUGGUAGACAAUAGUGACGAAGAUGUAAAUUUUAAUAAAAAUAUACCCAAACACAAGAAAAAAGGAAAUCUUAAGGCAAAGCAGUUGGAAAAAACUAAAUUUGGCAAGGUAGAAAAAACACAUGGGAAAAAAUGGAGACAUUUUUGACGCACUUACUGUCAAAAACAUAUAUUGGACUCAAACAAAUGCAACAGUUUCUGUUUAGUAGUAUAAUAAUCUUUUACAGUAUAACAGUUAACUACAAAUAAUUUUAUUUUUUUAACAUAACUUAAAUUGAAUAUACCUAAUGUUUCUUUUGGUGAUAUUAAUAGAUAUUAAUUAAACCACUAGUAAGUUUAUUUUUUUGUAAAA